CACAAGGUGGCGGCAGUGACGCUGGCUGCCAGCCGCCUGCGAUCCGAGCGAAGAAGAAGAAGAAGGACAUCAACAAACAUGGCCGACAGGACGGGCAGCUAUGCUACAAGAAAGGGCCAUCGGGCGAUCUGGGGUCAGGAGACCGAGCACAGCUUGAUAGAAAUAUGGCAGGAGCACCAGUGUCUGUUCGACGUGUCCAGUUCUCAGUAUCACAACCGAGUGGAGAAGGAGAAGGCGUGGAGAGAGAUCGCUAAAUGUCUCCAGCAGCCAGUUCAGGAGGUGAAGACCAGGGCUACGUCGCUCCGCACCCAGUACUCCAGGCUGAUAAAGCCCAAGCCCAACGGGGGCGAGAUCAAACCUCUGACCCCGAGGCAACAGUGGCUCAUCAGCGCGAUGGACUUCAUCAAGCCAUAUAUUGUGCAUCGUCCAUGUGAGACAGCUGUUGACUUGUCGCUCUGUGAGCUGGACGACUCAGAGGAGCAGGAGGAUCAUUCAGACUCAUUUGAAUCAGCACUACUGUCGAGACCUGAGACUCCAGAAACCCUGAUGCCCCGGGUGCUACGCUCGGCCUCCUCCUGCGAGUUGUCGGACGAAGGGGCUUCCCCGACGAGGGAACCUGCCAAAUCGGCUUCAAGGGGAGUCAAGCGCAAGGCAAGAACAGAGGACAUCGAGCUGCAGAAGCUUUUGGUUUUAAAACAAAUGGCGGCUAAAGUUGACGCCGAUCAAGCAGAUGGGUUUACAACUUUUGGUAACCAGGUGGCAUCCGAACUCCGCCUAAUCAAAGACCCGGCAAAUCUCACAAGACUGAAAAGGCGAAUCGUCAACAUGAUAUACGACACCCAGGACUCUGAAAGGCAGCAGCCGCCAGCGGCACACAAAUACAAACAGAACACCGCACCUAUGCCACUGGUUCAGUCCAAGUCGUAGGGUCCUCAACCACCUUAUAACUGUUUUAUAUUCUUUACUUUAAUGCUCAAUAUCAAUUAAUGCUCAAGUGUUUUAUUUUCUAUUUGAUUCUAUACAUCAUGUUUUCUCUUUGUGUCACUUUUAUUACUCCAUUUACUUUGACAAUAUAUGUUUGAAACCACAGUUACAAGAAUAUACUUUCUAUCAGACCUUUACACACAAAGUACACACCAUUUUUUAUUCCACAGCUUUAUUUGAAUAACACAAUGGCUGUAUUCAAAAUGUGCAAAAUGUGCAUACACACAACAAAAAGGCCAAACUGUGCAAAAAUCCGGUUGCAGAGAGUUACUCGGUGGUUGACGCUAAACGUGUUCCUCCUGCCAGGGGACGAAGCCAGCAGGGGACACAAAGUAGUCACUCAGAAGGUUUCUUUGCUGCUCUGCUGUAACUGUCGGGUCACACGGCUGUCUGUUCUCCACCGGCUGUAAAUUCCCCGUGCCGUGAUUUCUCCAGGCUCCAUCGACAAUCACGUGAUCGGUGGUCUCCCAGUCGGCGAAGCCUGGAGGUGCGUAGGCCUCAGAUCUGCGCUCGCACAGGAAAUUGUGAAUGCACAGGGAGGCCAGGGUUAUUUUCACCACCUUCUCUGGCUCCAAGCAGAUGGUGGACCUGAGGACCCUCAGCCUGUUCACGAGAAUCCCAAAGGCAUUUUCUGCCACUCUCCGUGCCCUCGUCAGCCGGAUAUUCAGGACCCGGUGAGAGUGGUCCACCUCCUGUGCAGGGUACGGCUUCAUGAGGUCAUUCCGUAGAGGGUGCGUGUCAUCACCGACGAACAUGUACGGCAUCAGCACGUGUGAGUUGGGCAAAGGCUCAGGUGGAGGAAAGUUGAGCGAGCCCCGGUCCAUCGCUUUACGCAGGUCCGAGUGUUCGAACGGUCCAGUGUCUGACUCUCUGCUUUGCGUAGCCACUCUUGCAUAGAUGAAUUUGUAGUUGGCGUCCACAGCCGCCAUUAAAACCAACGACAAGCUGCCCUUGUAGUUGUGGUAGAGGCUGCUAUUUCUUCCUGGAGGUUGAAUGUGGAUAUGUUUGCAAUCCAGCGCCCCAAGGCAAUGUGGAAAGUGCCAUUUCAAAUCGAAGUCCUGGGCUAUCGUCCGCCAUUCUGCCGCUGUUGAAGGUGUCUAGUGAUGGAAGGAAAGAACAGUUGCAUUAUUGAUAGACAUAAAAUGAAAUUGUAUUUGUGGAUGCUACAUUUGUUAUUGUUGAAACAGCAAUUCUACUUAUCAUGAUGCAAAUUCUGGAGAUCCACUGAUGUUUUCAAAAUGGAAAUCAGGGAUUAUUUUUUUCAUUUUGGAUAUAUGAAUGUAAAACUAGGGCUAAUAACACUUGGUGUGUAGAUGUAAGACUUUCAAAGUAAGAUUUCAAGUCCACGGUUGCAUUGUGGGAAAUCUGGACAGUCCAUUUUGCCAGAGGUGCUCACCUUCAGGAAGUCUUUCUUCAUGACCCGGUGCAGAGCAGCACAGGUCUCCAUGAUGAUCUGUGAAACCGUGCUGGUUCCAAUCCUGUACUGCAACCGGAGAGACUUGAAGGUUUCUCCUACGUGAGAAAUGAAAUAAUUACACAGUGCACAGAAACAGACACUGAACAGCAACAGAGUGUCACAGUGACCGUCCUCUUUUAGAACAGCUUCCUCUUCUCUAAUUAAAUUUCUGAAAGAGAAUUGUGCAAAUCCCUGCAAGUCAGGAACCAGGCCAACGAGCCACGAGAUGAAUCGUGACCAUGAGGCAACAUAUUUAUUUUAAGAGUGAGAGACCAACAUUUCCCAUCAACCAUUGCAAAUGACCCCUUUCAUUGUAAACGACUUUGAGCCGCUUCUUCUUGAAUUGAAACUUGUUGUGAUUUUCACUCUUUUCUUCGUCUAAUAUUGAACGAACGGAUUGUAGCCAACAUAAUAAUUGCGGUGGAGGAAAACAUUUCCAUGGUAACAACACGAUGCACCAAUCACAGCCAUCAAUAUUACACCCGACGAUUGUGGGUUUAUAUCAUACAGACAUGUGGCUUCUAAUGGAGCAGAUGACAUUGUUUCACAAUCUUGUAACUUGUGCUAAGUCCACAUUGGAUGGUUGCAUAUUGUGGCUGAUAACCAAAAUCUCUAUUAAGCUAAUUAUUGGGAUUUUUACUUCCAGAUCCACUAUUGGUGACAAUCUGCGACAAAAUGUUUGCCACCGAGAGGCUGAGGGGGGGAAACUUAACUGCUCCUCGUGCUGGUUGGUCAAUGAAUCAGAAAAGGGGAGGUCCAAAAUGUGUCUGGUGCUGUCACUGAGUGAAGACUGGUGGUUCAGCCUCCGAUACUUUACUUAGAUACUGAAACUGAUCAAAACUGGAAAAGCCGUCCUAUCACAUAUCAUAUCUCUGUCAGCAGCAUCACUUCAUUAGUUCCCAAGCAGAAGAUUAAAUAGAUCUAAUCACAUUAUCAUUUUAUUUAUUUUCUUGUGAAUUGUCUCACCUGUGAUUUUUUUCUGUUCGUGCACAUCUAUGUAUAUUUAUAUUUUUGCAUUAAAAAAUGUGAACACGUGA